GAACAUUCAGACUGUGAUAGCGAAUGGGAGGCCAGCUGUAUAAAAGCAGCCUCCCGUUGGACAAGGGGGCACGCUGAUCGUGAGACUUCCAGAGAUAACAAUGAAGUGGGCUUUGGUGUUUCUGGGCCUGGUGGCCCUGUCUGACUGCCUGACUAAGGUCCCUCUGAUCCGAGGGAAGUCAAUGCGGCAGUCGCUGAUGGAGCAGGGCAGACUGGAGGAGUUCCUGCAGAAAUACCCCUAUGACCUGGCCUCCAAAUACACCAACCUCAUGUCCAACAUGCCCAUGUACAACUACAUGGAUAUUGAAUACGUCAGCGUCAUCAGCAUUGGAACGCCCCCUCAGUCAUUCCGGAUUCUCCCCGACACUGGAUCUGCCAAUCUGUGGGUGCCCUCAAUUUACUGCAACAGCCAAGCCUGCUCUAACCAUAACAAAUUCAACCCUGGCCUCUCCUCUACCUUCCGGGCCCUGAAUACGCCUGUGUCCAUCCAGUACGGGACCGGAAGCAUGACUGGUUUCCUGGGAUACGACACAGUCAAUGUUGGUGGCAUUGCCGACACAAACCAGAUGUUCGGCCUGAGUCAGACGGAGCCUGGGACUUUCCUGUACUACAGCCCCUUUGAUGGCAUCAUGGGCCUGGCUUACCCUACCAUUUCUGCCUCCAGCUCCACCCCCGUCUUUGACAACAUGAUGAAUCAGGGUCUGGUGGCUGAGGAUGUGUUCUCCAUCUACCUAACCCGCGAUGGGGCUACAGGCAGUGUUGUGACCUUUGGUGGAUAUGACUCCAGCUAUUACACUGGGCAGAUCAACUGGGUGCCCGUCACCGUCCAGGGCUACUGGCAGAUUGCAAUUGAAAACGUGAUGGUUAAUGGCCAGGUGGUGGCCUGCACUCAGGGCUGUCCCGGCAUCGUGGAUUCCGGAACCUCGCUGAUCGCUGGCCCUCCCUCUGACAUCAGCGUCAUUCAGCAGUACAUCGGAGCAACUGCCACUAACAACCAGUAUUCCAUUAACUGCCAGAGCAUGGGCUCCAUGCCAGACGUGACCUUCACCAUCAACGGCAUGAUGUACACACUGUUACCCAGUGCCUACGUCAGACAGCUGAACGGACAGUGCACCAGCGGGUUCCAGUCCAUGUCCAUGCCCACUGCCCAGGGAGACCUCUGGAUCCUGGGAGACGUCUUCAUCCGACAGUACUACGCCGUCUUCGACCGCGGAAACAACAGGGUUGGGCUGGCCGCGGCCGUCUGAGCGUCUCGCUUGCCUUCUCCCCCCCCCCCACCCCCCCCACCCCCCACCCCGUUUGAUCCCCGUGUGAGAGGCUGAGGUGGCCAAUGACAGAUAUCAAAGUGUGAGCUUCCUAUUUUUCAAACGCGACCGACAGAAUAUCUGUUUUUCCCCUUUGUAAUUGGAAAAGGCAUGGGAAGGUAGACCCAACACAACGGCCAAGAAAAUAAUCAAAGGCCCUAUGUCUGUUUAAAAAAACUGGGUUUACCUUCCUGUGAACUUUAAAAUAUGCCCCCCAGAGCUUUUAGCUAAUGUUGGAUCUUUUGUCAAAGGGACCAGAACAUCUCACAAAAAUCCAUAUGCAUCCUACAAAUAAAAUAAAUUUGCAACGCUA